AAUGGCUUCGGUGACCAGAGCACUGUUUGGCAAUCUGCCGUCGGGGGCAGGAACAGUAGAGAAGUUUCAGCUGCAGUCAGACCUACUUAGAGUGGACAUCAUCUCCUGGGGCUGUACCAUUACAGCUCUGGAAGUCAAGGACAGGCAAGGGAGAGCCUCAGAUGUGGUGCUUGGCUUUGCCGAGUUGGAAGGGUACCUCCAGAAGCAGCCUUACUUUGGAGCCGUGGUUGGGAGGGUGGCCAACCGAAUUGCGAAAGGAACAUUCACCUUGGAAGGAAAGGAAUACAAGCUGCCCAUUAACAAUGGGCCCAACAGUCUGCAUGGCGGAGUCAGAGGGUUUGAUAAGGUCCUUUGGACCCCGCGGGUGCUGUCAAAUGGUGUGGAGUUCUCACGCAUCAGUCCAGAUGGGGAGGAAGGCUACCCCGGAGAACUAAAGGUCUGGGUGACAUACACACUUCACGGCGGGGAGCUUGUGGUCAACUAUAAAGCACAGGCCAGUGAGACCACACCAGUCAGUCUGACCAACCAUUCUUACUUCAACCUGGCAGGCCAGGGUUCUCCAAAUAUAUAUGACCAUGAAGUAACUAUAGAAGCUGAUGCUUUUUUGCCUGUGGAUGAAACCCUGAUUCCUACAGGAGAACUUGCUUCCGUGCAAGGCACUGCAUUUGACCUGAGGAAGUCAGUGGAGCUUGGAAAACACCUGCAGGAGUUCCGCAUCAAUGGUUUUGACCACAAUUUCUGCCUGAAGAAAUCUAAAGAAAAGCAUUUUUGUGCAAGGGUCUAUCAUGCUGGUAGCGGACGGGUCCUGGAAGUAUAUACCACCCAGCCUGGCGUCCAGUUUUACACGGGCAACUUUCUGGAUGGCACACUCAAGGGGAAGAAUGGAGCCGUCUACCCCAAGCACUCUGGUUUCUGCCUUGAGACCCAGAACUGGCCCAAUGCCGUCAAUCAGCCCCACUUCCCUCCUGUCCUGCUGAAGCCUGGUGAGCAAUAUGACCACACCACCUGGUUCAAGUUUUCUGUGGCUUAAGGAAGCAUGGAGAUAUGA